AUGGAGAAGAUGCUUCGGUUCUUCAUUGCUGCUUCAGCUCUGGGUGUCGGUUCCAUUCUGGCUGAACGCGAGUACCACCUGAUCUCUAAGCAGAUGAACUGGACCAGCGCUCAAAGUUACUGCAGAGAACAUUUCACUGACCUGGCCACUGUGGGCAACAUGGAGGACGUGCAGAACCUCAACACGGAGAUGGCCUUUGACUUUUUGUCCAUGUCAAAUUAUGAAUCGAACCAAAAUUUCUUGUGGCUUGGAUUGUACGAUGACAUGAACAGCUGGAGGUGGUCAUUGUCAGACCCAGGGUUCUAUGGUGACGGCGAGGCCAAUUUCAGAAACUGGUUGUCCGGUCAACCAGAUAACUCAGGACUUUCAGAUCUUUGCGCAGUGACGUCUGCUAAGGGAGAAUGGGCGGAUGCAUCCUGUGAUCAAUCGAUGGAGUUCGUCUGCAUUGAUGUCAAAGGGCUUAAUGUGAAUUUUGUCUACAUCGACAAAGCCAUGACUUGGUCGAAGGCUCAGAUCCACUGCAGAGAAAAUUACAGCGACCUGGCCAGUGUCAGAAACAAGGAAGACAACAAUCGGAUAACCGAUGUGAUCCCUGGCAGAAAAACCGUCUGGAUUGGCCUUUUCCGAGACUCCUGGAAGUGGUCUGAUGGAAGCAGCCUCUCAUUCCAGUAUUGGUCGAGAAAUGAGCCUAAUGGGCCGACAGAAAUAUGUGGAGCAGCAUAUAUAGAAAACUCUGGAAAAUGGGUUGAUGCAAAUUGCGUCAACCAGUUUCAAUUUAUAUGCUACGACAGUAGAUUAAGUUUGAAGAAAGUGGCUCUGAAGCUGAAGGUAAGCUCCCCCCUGGACAUGAGUGACCUAACGGUGCAGGAAGACAUCCAAAGGCAGCUCAAGCAGAAGCUGAAUGAGCAGAAGGUGUUUGCAGAGAUAAAACUGAACUGGGGUAGGCGAUCAGACGGAAAGAUCUUCCACGAGGAUGAAGAGGGACUGAAGAAGACUCUAGAAACACCUUAAAUCUUGAUUGUUUAUGGAUAUAUUUUUAGCAGAUUAAUUUGAAUACUUUUCUAAAUUAAUCAGUUUUUAAAACACUCAGUUUCUUUGUAUGGGACAAACUUCAGACUUUGUCUUCAAGAAAUUAAUGUUAUCGUCUUUAACUUUCACUGAGUUGUCUGUGAUUGUAUUAACUUGUACUUAUGUUGCAUACACAACAGUUUUAUGUCAGUUGGAUUUUUUUAUGUAAAGUCAUGAAUAAAGUAGAGCUGCAGUGAACUUCAGAGUGCUCUUUGUUCUUUGAAAGGAGCGAGAAACAUCUUGAACAUCACAAAACAAAGUAAAAAAAAA